AUGAUGCUUCAGAUUAAUAAAGCAGUGGAGCCGGGGCAAGUGUGUUUGACGAGUGUGAAUCGGUACAAAACAGCGGCAGCAGGAGGAUCACCAGGAGGAUGCCUCCGAAACCGAAACCUUGUCAAUGUCGUUGGCAAGAGCAAAUUAGGCGGCAAUAUUUUCAUUUCUUCACCCUCACAACUAGUAGUAGCUCCAACCACACCAAUAGAAAGAAGGAGAUUAAUGGCUACUUCCAACGCCAACGCUGACAUUGCCAACAACAGCCUCUGGCCUAGUAUUCCCUCCUCUUCCUAUGGUGACCCCUGCCUUGAUCUCUUCUUCAACGCCCUCAGACCAGAAUGGAGAGAUGCUAACCCCUGCCUUACAUAUCUGGAGCAACUGCUCCCCUUGGCCUCGUCCCACAAUCCCCUCACCACCCUCAAGCUCAUCUUCACCUUCGAUUCAAUCGAUUUUUCUGACACAAAGUUCGACACGGCCGUGCUUUGGCUCCACCACAACCAUCCCAAGACUCUCUUACGCAACCUCCACUCUAUUGCCAACUUGCCUCUUGUCCGCUAUCAAAGCAGCAGCAAAGGAGAUGGACUUGUAAGAAAGGAGGAUUUCCAGGAAGAGGCCAAGCUUCAGUGGAAGGCAAUGGUGGAGGAGAUAAAGCAGGGUGAGGGUUUGGGCAAAUUCAAAAACUGCUUGGUGGUGGGCUAUGGUGGCCUGGGCUAUAAAGAGUGGAGCUAUCCAGAGGUGGGUUGGAAAUUCUGGUGUCUGAAGUGA